AUGAACAGCAAGGUUCACUUCGCCCUCAGCCCGCACAAGGUCGCGCUGUCAGUACUGAUCCAGGAUCUCUGCACACCGGAGAACAUCCCCCCCAACGCGCGGCCCGUCCUCUCCCUCUUCCUCCUUGAGCAUGUCCGGCCGGUCGACGACUUCCGUGAAAUGACGCUCAGCCAGCUGUGCUCUGCCCUGUCUCAGCUCCACCCGCCGCUGGGCCAUGCUCUUGCCCACCAGCUAGUGCGGUCCAUGAGGAAGGUGGACUCCCCGGACGCUCUCUUCGACACGCUGCAGUCUCUCGAGCUCGUCCUCCAGCUCAAUGUGACCUGUGAAGACUCGGCCCCAAACCUCAACUCGAGCUCAGCCCUCGGCAUCUUCGUGCGCAAAGUCCUGCUGACGUUCCACACGACCAUGUUCGACGGGUUGUCGGACCUGUACUCCAAGAUGCAGAGGUACCUGGAGGACUUCUCGCUGGAGUCGCAGGAGAAGAUGAGAGAGGAAAAGCUUAGUACCCCCCAGGACCUCUCGCACUUCAUCCACAGCCAUGCCAGCCUCAUCGAGCGAUCUUCUCAGCGCCUGCACAUCGACCCUGAGCUGGAGAAGGCGCUGAGCAAGGCAGGAGACCCUCCCGGCGCCUCCUACCUGCGGUACCUCUACGCCAUGCAGGAAGGAGACAUCACUGCGGCCAUUGACCACCUUCACCGCUACUUCGAUUACGGCAUGUACGGCAAGGCGCUCAAGGCGGACAAGGCGGAACAUCGCGACAAGCCCGUCUUCCACUGGGCCCUCCUCAACCUCGCGGCCCUCCACUUCCGCUUCGGCAACAUGGCAAUGGCCCUGCAGGCCCUGGAGGAGUGUGUGAGGCUGGCCCAGCACACGUCAGACCAUCACUGCCUCGCUCACGCGCUCCUCUGGCUCGUCCGCCUCGUUGGAGUCGCUGGCGAGCGCCAGCUCGAAGGACAGCUGAUCCGUCGCUGCAUCCUCCGCGCCUGCCAGCUCCGCAUGACGAAGCUGCAGGGUGAGGCCGUUCUGGCCCUCCUCAAAUAUCGCCUGCAGAGCACCACCAGGAAGGACAACGCGCUCGGAAAGCCUUCAGCAGAUGCUGGAGCAGUUGGAACCAUCCCGACGUCCGUCUGGGACGCUCUGGUGGCCUGCAAGACCCUCCUCCUCGAGACGGACGCAGACGCAGACGAGCUCACCAACUCGCUCUCCCUGCUGGAGUCCGGCAUCUGGUCCAGCUACGGUCACUUCGAGCUUGCGCACGCGCACGGCCGGCAGCCGCUUGCCUUCUCCUCCUCCAGCCCAGCAGCCGAUCACGCCUGCACCUCCUUCUGCUCCUCGGCAUGCCAUGAAGGAGCUUUCGUGGAUCCCAGGAGGGCGCUGCGGGACAUCUGCGGGGUCAAAGAGGGCUUCCCCCUCGCUCACUUCCACCUCUGGCUGCAGUCGGCAUGGACCCUCCUGUUCGCUCGCUCCUUGUACAGGAAUCAGCUGCACCGGGCGCAGGUUAUCGCCCUCCAGAUGGGUUCCAUGCUCAUCUCCGCUGCUGAGUCGGCGGGGCUCGUGGCGGCGGAGAGAGCCAGGAAGCUGGAGCUAGAGGAUGCCAUGGUUCAGUUGUCUCUUGCCUGCUCCCUGGAGAAGAUGGGAGCUCAUGACGCAGCCUUCCCUGUCGCCCUCGCGUGCAUCUCCAAGUGCGAGCAGCUCAACCUCGACAGCCUCAAGGCAAGCGCCAUCGUCCUCCUCGCCACCCUCCACCUGUACAAAGGUCUUCCCACCAAGGCCCUCAACCUCGUCCAGUCCGUCUUCCCCCUCGUCAUGUCCUCCGGCAGCAUCCUUGAGCGAGCACAGGCCCACCACCUCGAUCCGUGCGCGAUCCUGCUACUCGCCAGCACACACCUGAGCAAGGCGGUGGACGGCUACCGGCGACUCGAUGCGUAUCAGGAGGUGAUGCAGAGCUGCCAUCUGAAAGCCAUGGUGGCAAACAAGCUCGGGGAGGAGGAGGACAGGGAGCGAGCAGCGUCUGAAUUCCUCUGGGCCAGCCAGCAGCUGCAAGCUAACAAGUGCGUCCCCAUCGCACCCAUGGCAUCCCUCAGCUUCGCUUCCAAGGAUGAGCUCCUGGCGGCGGCAGCAGAAGUUUGA